AUGAAAAGAGAGUGUCAUCCAUUGUUGAGAGGUGUGAGAGCUAACAAAUACAAACAUGGUUUUUCUGUAGCUGAGAUGGAUUCACUCACAAGCAUAUGUGAAGCUGUUUUUCCUUCAUUGCCAAUGGAUGAUGAUGAUGAGUCAAACAACGAUGUCAAAUCUUUCUUCAACCUCUCUGCUUCUCAGUAUCCAUUACCUCACGAGGUUGCUGAGACGUUAGUAAAGAGAGGUUUAACAGAAGCAGUGAUAUUGAUUAGAGUGAUUCUAUGGCUUCUGUCCACGAGGUUUGGGACUUUUUUGAUUUGUGGUUUUCUCUGUCUUAGUAAGAAAUGGCCAUUUAUCAACAAUUUUUCAAGCUUGUCUUUGGAUCAAAGAGAAAAGAUUGUGCAGAGGUGUCUCAAGCUUAGGUUCUUAACUCCUAUAAGACUCGCAUUUGUUUACAUCAAAAUCCUAUGUCUCUUCGGUUUCUUCUCUCGGGUUGAUGAAAAUGGCGAUAAUCCAGCAUGGAAAGCCAUUGGAUAUGAUAUAUCAUCAUCUGGUGAGGAAAUGAGCAAUCUCGGCGAUAAAAAGAGACCUUUAGAAAAUGGGAUUAUAGAAACCAUGCAUGAAAAUGACACGACUCUUGAACAAUCUCUAUCAAACAAAGGUCUCAAUGUUAGAUUUGAUUCCAAAAACAAGAUCCUCAAAAUCAAAUGUGAUGCAGUAAUUGUUGGUUCUGGCUGUGGAGGAGGAGUAGCAGCUUCUGUGCUUUCAAAAGCGGGCCACAAAAUCAUUGUUCUAGAGAAAGGAAACUACUUUGUUCCUAAAGAUUAUUCAUCGCUAGAAGGUCCUUCGAUGGAUCAACAAUACGAAUGUGGAGGCAUGUUAGCUUCUGCUGAUUCAAGAAUGAUUGUUUUAGCAGGUUCAACCGUUGGUGGGGGUUCAGCUGUUAAUUGGUCAGCCUGUAUAAAAACACCAAAAGAAGUGUUGAAAGAAUGGGCAAAGAAACACAAACUUUCGCUCUUUGAAAGCUUUGAGUAUCUAUCUGCAAUGGAAACUGUGUGUGAGAGAAUUGGUGUGAACGAAAAUUGUACACGAGAAGGGUUUCAAAAUCAAGUACUGAGAAAAGGAUGUCAAAAUCUCGGAUUAAAAGUUGAUUAUGUUCCAAGAAACUCCUCCGGGAAUCAUUAUUGUGGUUCAUGUGGUUAUGGUUGUAGAAAAGGUGAGAAACAAGGGACUCAAGCUACAUGGCUUGUAGAUGCUGUUGAAAAUGGUGCAGUGAUAAUAACAGGAUGUAAAGCUGAGAGGUUUUUGUUCGAAACUAAUAACCGAAAUGGAAGUAUAAGAAACAAGAAAUGUUUGGGAGUGUCGGCCAAGAUUUUAAACAGUAGAGUCACAAUGAAGCUAGAGAUUGAGGCCAAAGUGACAGUUUCUGCUGGUGGGGCAAUUAUGACACCUCCAUUGAUGAUUUCUAGUGGUUUAAAGAAUAGAAAUAUUGGUAGAAAUCUUCAUCUUCACCCUGUGUUAAUGACAUGGGGUUACUUUCCAGAAUCAAAUUCAGAUUUCAAAGGUAAAGCAUAUGAAGGAGGAAUAAUCACAUCUGUUCAUCAAGUACAAUCAUCAAGUGAUGAUUCAGAUUCAGAUACAAGGGCAAUAAUCGAAACACCAUUACUAGGACCAGCAUCAUUAGCAACACUAUGUCCAUGGGAAUCAGGCCAUGAUUUCAAACAAAGAAUGCUAAAGUAUCCAAGAACAUCACAUUUAAUAACAAUAAUAAGAGACAAAGCAAGUGGACAAGUAACAAAGGAAGGAAGAAUAAGCUACAAACUGAAUUCAACCGACAAAGAGAAUAUGAGAAGUGGUUUACAACAAGCAGUAAGGAUUCUAAUAGCGGCCGGAGCAGUUGAAGUAGGAACACACAGAAGUGAUGGACAGAGAAUCAAGUGUAAUGAGAAUAUUAGUGAAAAGGAAAUUGAAAAGUUUAUAGAUAGUGUUUGUCCUGUGGAAGCAGCAUUGUCACCAGGUGAGAAUUGGAAUCUAUAUACUUCUGCUCAUCAAAUGGGAAGUUGUAGAAUGGGUGUGAAUGAAAAGGAAGGUGGUGUCGAUGAAAAUGGUCAGAGUUGGGAAGCUGAAGGACUGUUUGUUUGUGAUGCAAGUUUGCUUCCUAGUGCUGUUGGUGUUAAUCCUAUGAUUACUAUUCAAUCAACUGCUUAUUGUGUAUCAAAUCGAAUUCUUGAUUAUCUUGGAAAGGGUACUCAAGUAUCAUAA